UGGUCCACAUUAAUGAACUUCCACAGGACAACUUGCGUGAAGUCCUGCAAAAGAAAUUGUUUGUUUGUUUUUUCCACUGGGCAUCUCUAGGAAACCGACCGGCGUCCGACACGACCUGAACACGUCAUUAGCGUCGCUCGCUUGCUGCGUCAUCUUUCUGUGCCUGUGUUUACGGUUUGCAGAGCCAUGUUGCUGUGCAUUCCGGUGGAGUCUCUGUGAAGUUCCUGUGUGACUUUGGCAGGGAAAAUGACCAUGGACAUGACUUUCCUCGGGACCGGGUCGGCCUACCCGUCGCCUCACCGCGGCGCCUCGGCCCUGGUGCUCCGGGCGGAGGGGGAGUGCUGGCUGUUUGACUGCGGGGAGGGGACGCAGACCCAGCUGAUGAGGAGCCAGCUGAGAGCCGGUCGAAUCACCAAAGUGUUCAUCUCCCACUUGCAUGGGGACCACGUGUUCGGCCUGCCUGGCCUCCUGUGCACCGUGAGUCUCAACACCAACCCCAGCUCUGUGCAGGACCAGCCCUGUGUGGAGAUCUAUGGGCCCCGGGGCCUCAGACACUUUCUCAGGGUGACUCUUGGCCUCACUGGGUCACAGCUGCUCUUCCCUUAUGCAGUACACGAGCUGGAGCCCACGCUUGACCAGAGCCCACCAGAGGGACAGCUCAGCCAUGAGAUGACCACUGAGUCUGGGCCUCUGCACCCCCAGGAGCAACCGGGGAGAAGUAUUUGUCUGGAUGCCUCCAGUGACUGCUACCUCCUCUUUGAAGACAAGAAGUUUGUGGUCAGAGCUUUCAGGCUGUUCCACCGUGUACCCUCUUUUGGUUUCUCCGUUCAGGAGCAGGACCGGCCUGGAAGACUGAAGACUGAACUCCUAAAGGAACUAGGCCUGAAACCAGGGCCACUUUACGGGCGCCUGAAAGCAGGACAGUCGGUGACACUGGACAACGGACGUGUGGUGCUGCCAAGUGAGGUGCUGGAAGAUCCCAUUCCAGGGAGGAAAGUCUGCAUUUUAGGGGACUGCAGCUCAGUUCUGGGUGAAGGACCGUUGAAGGCGUGCAACCGAGCAGACAUUUUGGUUCAUGAGGCUACCCUGGGGGACGAGCACCAUGAGAAAGCAGUGGAGCACGGACACAGUACGCCUAAAAUGGCAGCGGCGGUGGCCCAGGCUUGCUGCGCACGGAGGCUGGUGCUGUACCACUUCAGCCAGAGGUACAAGCCCUGCGCCCUGCAGAAGGAAGGGGACGAUGACGACGUCGUGGAGCUCCAGAGACAGGCUGAAGAUGCUCUAGAUGGCAGCGGGAUAGAAGUGACGCUGGCUGAGGACUUUUUUACUCUGCCCAUACCUCUGAGAAGGCCACAGUGAUACUCAGCCACCUUGGUUUUACAUUGCUGCCAGUGGAUCUGAGUGAAAAAGUGAGUGAAUGAAUCUGUAAUUGAUAAAAUAAAAUACGUUUUAAUGUCUA